AAGAACGGGAUGAGGAGGGAUAAUCAGAGCAAUGUGUCUGAAUUUCUCCUCCUAGGGCUCCCCAUCUGGCCGGAGCAUCAGGGCGUAUACUACGCCCUGUUCCUGGGCAUGUACCUCAUCACAGUGCUGGGGAACCUACUCAUCAUCCUGCUCAUCAGGCUGGACUCUCGCCUCCACACCUCUAUGUACUUCUUCCUCAGCCACUUGGCUUUCACUGAUGUCUCUUUCUCAUCAGUCACAGCACCAAAGAUGCUGAUGAACAUGCAAACACAGAGACAAUCCAUCUCAUACGCUGGGUGCAUUUCUCAGGUGUAUUUUUUCUUAUUUUUUGGUGAUAUUGACAGCUUCCUUCUCACCUCAAUGGCCUAUGACAGGUACGUGGCCAUUUGUCACCCCCUCCACUAUACCACUAUCAUGAGUCAAAGCCUAUGUUUCCUGCUAGUAAUUGUAUCCUGGGUCUUAUCCUUUGCCAGUGCUCUAUUGCACACACUGCUCCUAGUCCAUCUCUCUUUCUGUGGAGACAACAUUGUCCCCCACUUCUUCUGUGACCUCUCUGCCUUACUUAAGCUGUCCAGCUCAGACACCUCAACUAAUGAGUUGGUUAUCCUCACUGUUGGUGUCCUGGUGAUUACUCUUCCAUUCUUAUGCAUCCUGGUCUCUUAUGGUCGCAUUGGAGCCACUAUCCUGAGAGUCCCCUCAACCAAGGGAGUCUGCAAAGCCUUGUCCACCUGUGGCUCCCACCUCUCUGUGGUGUCUCUAUAUUAUGGGGCUAUAAUUGGACUGUACUUUUUCCCCUCAUCCAGAGACUCCAAUGACAAAGACGUCAUUGUGGCCAUAUUAUACACUCUGGUUACUCCCAUGCUAAAUCCUUUUAUCUAUAGUCUGAGAAAUCGGGACAUGAAAGGAGCUCUGGGAAAUAUACUCAAUAGGUGUGCAUUUUCACCAUAGUGUGCACUGAAUUUAGAUAGGUGUUUUGACUUGUUUUGUUCAAUAAGAUGUUAGCAAACAUGUUAAGAGUCUUGAAAAAAAGCUGUGGAUGGUGACUUUUUCUUUGGGAAUCCAGAUACAGCUGUGUGAAGAAACACAUGCUAGUCUAAUAGAGAAUGAAAGAACACAGGAAUAGAUGUUCCAGCUGUCCCAACCAUCCUGGCCAUACCAAGUGAGACCUACAGUUUUUAUGGAAAAUUUCUAGAAA